AUGUCGAUUGCAGACGAGCUAACAGUUCCUCCAGCUCCCCCAUCGCGAGCAACCAGUACCGUCGUGGAGUCAGGGGACGCAUAUAAGCCGCCAUCUUUCACGAUCAACGCGUCGAACCGCUCGUACAAGCAUCAGUAUGCGAACAUCUACUUCGUCAGGCUGCGGAUGCUGCGAAAGUUUGUGGAAGACCGCGCGCAGAAACGUUGGGAAGGUAUCGCAGGAUCACCCGUGCUAGUCCCUCGCGUUUUGGACGUCGUCAAGUCGCAGCUAUGCUACAUUGUUGGCACAGUGUAUAUGGAUAUGCCACUGAAACCGAAUGUCUUAGAGGAUAUAGGUCGUCAUCACUCCAUCCCUGUACCGCCCCCUCGAGAGAAGUUUUACUCUGAGACUGACUGUGUCAUGCUCGAAGAUGAAUCUGGCCGCGUUCGACUCGUCGGGAAGGCCGUCACGGAGGCCGGCCUAGUUACGGGCGUGAUCCUAGGCGCACUAGGCAUCGAGACUCCUGGAGGCGACUUCGAGGUAGUGGAUCUUUGCUACGCAGGAAUGGCGCCUCAGGUAUCAAGCCAUCCAGCCAACGAUGACCAAGACGACCAUAUGGACGUCGACGACGAGCCGCUAUCUCCGGACGAUGAUGAGCACAUCGCGCUUGUUUCAGGUCUUGAAGUGGGCAGCGUGGACGCUCCCGACGCGGAAAUACAGUUGCUAAUAGAGUACCUCACCGGGGAAGCGUCCUUAUCAUCCUCCAAGCGUAUCUCGCGCUUGAUCAUUGCUGGGAACUCGGUUGGCUUCGCCCCGGAGGACGGGAAGCCGAAAGAUCCUCGAAAACCGAAGAAAAAGAAUAUGCGCAAAUAUGGCCAACCGGGCCCGGCUUCAUUCUCUCCGAAGCCGAUCAAUACGCUCGCGGAGCACUUGCUGGACAUUGCGUCCGCCGUGCCUAUACACAUUCUACCCGGCGAGAUAGACCCGUCGGGCACGAUGCUUCCUCAGCAAAAGUUCCCUCGCGCGAUGCUAGGCCCCGCCUCGCGCUUUUCCUCCUUCCACCCUGAAACCAAUCCCACGUACCUCCGUCUCUCUGUGGGCUCCCCAGAUGCCACCGCAUCGCAGGACCUUCCGGGCACGUCAAAGGCAGCCGCGGCGCGCCGACGGCGCUUGCGCCAGAUCGACCGAACGCUGCUCGUGCACAGCGGGCAACCGCUGGACGACAUGUUCAAAUACCUACCCACCCCACCGUUCUCGCGGCUCGCGGUCGCCGAGCGCACGCUCCGUUGGAGGCAUAUGGCGCCGACCGCGCCCGACACGCUCUGGUGCCACCCGUACUUCUCCGCGGACCCGUUCGUGAUCGCGCAGACGCCGGAUGUGUACGUGAUCGGGAACCAGCCUGAAUUUCGGACGAAGGUCGUCGCGGACGAGGGCCCAGGCAAGUCGGGAGCGCGGGUGCGGAUCGUGCUCGUCCCCCGGUUUUCGGAAACGGGUUUGCUGGUGCUCGUUAACUUGCGGACGUUGGGUGUCAGUACGGUGCGCUUCGAUGUUGAAGGCAUGGCUUCCGGCGAGAGAUCUCGGCUGGAAUAA